AUGCGCUGCCACCAUCGACAGUUGCUCCUCCUCCAGUAUCGGCGGUGGUACUCCAAUAGCAAAACCAUCACCACCAAUCAACAACUCAGAAAUUGGCGGGAUGACCGUCGGUUCACAUGGGAAACAAUGGAACUCACUAUUGCUAUUGUUGUUCUUCUGUGGAAGAAGUUCAUGAGAGCUAGUGGUCAUGGUGUAGUAUUUUGGUGUUGGGUUCGGCUAGGGUUGUGCGGCCGGAUCAGUAAAUCUGUGACCGGAUCUACUGUGAAUGCAGAAGCGUUCAAAUUAGAGGGCUCUGAAUUAGAAGCUACGGUUAUCGUUUCAAUGGAAAGAUAUGCUGAUUUUUUUGGAAAAAGAAACCGGUGUUUCAGUUCGAUGGGAAGGCCUGUUGUUGACGCCGAGUACCGGGAAGAAAUAGAGAAAGCUCGCCGAGACCUACGCGCUUUGAUCUUCAACAAAACUUGCGCUCCAAUCAUGCUUCGUUUAGCAUUUCAUGAUGCUGGAACUUAUUGCAAACAUACGGGGACUGGAGGUCCAAAUGGCUCCAUCAGGAAGCCUGAAGAGUUUGAACAAAGCUGUAAUAAAGGAUUAAAAGUUGCGAUUGAUUUUUGCGAAGAAAUAAAGUCAAAGCAUCCAAAGAUCUCAUAUGCAGACAUAUUUCAGGCGUGGUUGCUGUUGAAAUCACCGGUGGUCCCUACUAUUGACUUUAUUCCUGGUAGAAAGGAUUCAAAUGAAUGCACCGAGGAAGGCAGACUCCCCGAUCUUGAAAAAGGCCCAAUACAUCUGAUGGACACGUUUAAGCGCAUGGGUUUAUGCAUCAUGGACUUUGUAGCUCUCUCGGGAGCCCAUGUUAUGGAUAGAACCCAAAAAAAUAGAUCAAACUUCGAUGGCCCUUGGACUGACAAGCCACUCAAGUUUGAUAACUCAUACUUUAUCAACCUGCUGAGAGAGUACAGGGAAGAGCUGGUUAGGCGUGAGCCAGAGGCGCUGGUGAGAAGAGAGUUUUUAAACCUACUGAUAGGAGAGCACGAUGGGACUUCACUCAUUCCUUCAGACCGGACAAUGAUGACUUUUGCUGAGUUCCGCUGUGAUGUUAUGAAGUAUGCUGAGAUUCCAGAGUUGUUCUUGAAGGAGUAUGCGCAAGCACACAAGAAGCUCUCUGAACUAGGUUUCAUUAAAAAUCCACCUUUUCAUCUUUACCACAAGAUGAAGAAGAAGAAGAAAAGUUCUGUGUUGCCACAAACCAUUGCCGGGGUGAUCAUUGCUGCUUCAAUUAUGAUGGUGUGGUAUCGUGUAAAGCAAAGGUAACUCAGGAGUCAUGAAGUCACAAGUCACAAGUCACAAUAGUUAAAACCUCAACCUCUGAAAAUGCAAACAUAAAUUGUUCUUUUUUGGCUACAUUAUUUUUUUGGGAUUUUUAGUUAACAACUUUGUGAUCUGGUCUAUCUAUGUGGAUAAUAUUAAAUCUAGAAACAAC